ACAAUAAAUCGUACAGAAAUUUAAACGUUCAUAUAAGGUAAAUUUGAAUGGUUGCUUUCUGACUGAGUUUUAAUUUGUAUGGGAUGCUAUUUAUGUGGAAAACAACAUUGUUUGUAUGUUAAAGAUGAUCAUGUUUUGAUUUUUUAUGAUAAAUGAGUAAUAUAACUUAAGAAAACAAAACAAGAUGCCUUUGAUGAUUGAGGGUAAACCCAUUGGUGGCGUACCAAAGACAGUACAAGAAUUCCUAGAUAAAUAUGACUUUAAGGAUUCUUCUAAUAAGUUGAAAUCCGGUCCACUUAAAAAGGUAGCACCAAUAGGACUGCUGUAUGUCGGACAGAGAGAAUUUGCAGCCACAUCACCUGAAGAUGAGAAAAUACUUGUAAUGGGAUCAGAAGAUGCUACAACGUGUCACAUAGUAAUAGUUAGACAUACAGGUUGUGGAGCAGUAUGUAUAGCUCAUUUUGAUGGAUAUGGUUCAGAAAAAGCUGUCAAAGAUAUCAUGAGAGUUAUGAAUGACUUGUGUAAAAAUAAACCAUUUGGCAGGUAUGAAUUACAUAUAGCUGGUGGAUUUAAAGAUGAUGAUGAGUCUUCAGAAAAAGUUUCUAUUAAGACAUUAAAUGCAUUCAACAGUACUUCAGAGGAAAUUCACUUAAUGACAGCUUGUAUUUGUGAUUUAAACAAUGAAGUAAAGAAAGGUGUGAAUUUCCCUGUAAUAUACGGAUUAGCUGUAAAUGUAAAGACAGGAGAUAUAUAUAGAGGUACCUUCCUAGAUCAUGGACCAGAUAUGCCAUUAAGAUCUGCUAGACACUUCACUGGAACCGAAGAAGUGAUAAAUAUUUAUGAUCACAGAAAGAGUCAGAUCCGAUUAGAUCCUAUUACAUACAGUACUAUGGAUGAGAUAGAAUUACUGUGUAGAAUGCCUGACCUAUUUAUAAGACAGCAUUUAUCUACAUCACCUGACCAGGAGCCUCCCCACUUUGAGGCUUCUGUAAGAGCUGCUUUGGUACAGAUUAGAGAUUAUCCAGAUCCUAAGAAGUCCAUGUUUGCUGAUGGUAAACCCCGAUGUUAUAAUCUGGAAUCAAAUGGUUCAUGGACAAAAGUAUGAUGAAAAGUGCUGUGAUCAAAUUUAUAUGUGAUAUGACAGAAUUGUUUUUUUUCUAUUAGAUAACAACAAUUGUUAUGAUUAUAUGAGUUAGAGUAUUGAUUUAUACAGAAAUUGUUGAUUUUUUAUACAAUAUUUCUGUUGUAGGUCAGCAAAUGCAUUUAAGCUUUAAACGCAUUCAAACUUCAUAAUUUUAUUGCUUUUCUUUACCUUACAUGAUUUGAUCUGUAAUGACGCAGCUGAAAUGAGAAGUUAUAUAUGCAUAGUUUAUACGGUAGGUUAAAGAUAGUUGUUUUUAUUCCCAAAAGUAAGCUGUUAGCUCUGAUAUGAAAUUGAUUACUUUUGAUGUAUUGUCCUUUUCAUCGUCAUUAUUUAUACUCUAUUAAAAUCAUGCCUGCCAGUUAAUUUAUAUAUCUUUUUGAAAACUGACAAUAUUUUUGUUUUCAAUCUAAGUAAAAACAUUCUAUUAAUAUAACAUCUAUUUUUCCAAGACCGUGAUUGAAAAAAAAAUCUAAAUCUUUAAAACAGAAAAGAGGGAGGAGAAAAUUAAGACCAAUCAAAGUUAUUUAUUGAGGAUUAAGAAAUUAAUCUCUACCUUAAACAAACCAGAAACCUGAGGUCAAAUGAAUUCAUAUGUGUUAUACAA